AUGUACACGAGCUGCGUUGUCAGCGGUCAACAACCAAACGUCUGGCUUAGAAGUAAUCCUGUCACAAUCCCAAGUGCAGUGAUACAGGUUUACAUUGCUAUUCAAUACCGCUCGAAGAACUGUACAAUGUUGGAUGGAGAUGAUUUCUGUAGAGAAUAUUUUGACCUUUACGUGCAUCAGUCCUGGAAUAAAGAGGUACCCGAACCUCCAGGAAACAAUUCCACCUAUUCAAAGAUUGCUAAGAUAACUGCGCCGAUCCCAGGUGUCUACGCAAGAGUAACAAAAAUAUUUGGUGUUUCAGUGAAAGGAAGGUACAUCACGCUGGCUUUUCAUAAUCAGGGCUCUUGCAGCGUCAUUUAUUCUGUUGUUGUCAGUUAUUUCUUUUGUCCAGAAUUUACAUCUGGUACUGGCUUGGUGUCCUUACCACGUUCCAUGGCUCCAGCAAACAAUUCAGAACCAGUAGAAGGUCGAUGUGUCGUAAAUGCUGUCCAUUAUCAAGGUGCUGUAAUGUUAGACUGCCAAAGCGAUGGCUUUUGGAACAUCAGCUCACUUCAGGGAGGUUGUGUAUGCAAGGAGAAGAUGGAAAAUGCAGGAGGAGAAUGUAGAGAUUGCCCAGAGAGAAAAUACAACGAUCAGAAUGGUUUGAAUUGCACAGUGAUACCAUCAACUCCGAGGGAUGUCAAGGUUGCAUUCGUAAACCAAAGUGGAGUUGAGAUAACAUGGCAGUCUCCAUUAGAAACUGGUGAUCAGACACACGUGAUUUAUGACGUCAACUGCCUCAUACGAAAGAUAUGUAGUAUUGAUGACGUCGAUCGCGACAACUGUCUUUACGAGAAUUGUUCACGUGACGUAAGAUACAUUCCUAAUAAUAAAGGUUUGAAAAUGAACCACGUGAUAGUGAUGGGGCUAUCUUCAUUUGUGAAUUACACUUUUAAAAUCCUCGCCAAGAAUAGAGUAAGUGAAGUGGCCAAAAGAAUUUAUGGAGAUGAAGGAAAUUUUGCAACACUGAACAUAAUGAUUGAAGGAUUAGAGGUAUCUUCAAGCACUGCAGCCCCACGAACUAAAGUCUCAUUUAAGACAGUUUCCGCAAAACUGGAAAAAGUAGACACCAUGAAUGUAAUUUAUCUGAACGUCAUCUAUGGAUUUGUGGGGCUGAUAGUUCUGAUCAUUUUAUUUUUCUGCUACACCACUUUUGGAAGGUGGCGCCUCCGAAGACAAGAAAAUGAUGUGCAAAUGACAGCCCAUUCAGAGGGCAGAGAGUACGACGCGGUACCAAUGCUUCCUCUGGUUGUGGCUAAAGAUCAAACCACAAAUGAAAUUUUGGAUGGUUUUGAGCUCGACCGCGCACAACUAAAGCUCGUAAAAUUGCUUGGAACCGGAAACUUUGGCCGAGUAUCCAAGGCUAUUUACGGGCCUUCCCAGAUACAAGUGGCCGUAAAAUCCCUGAGAGACAAUGCCGAAAAAGAGGACCUAGAAAGCAUCAUUAUGGAGUUGGAAGUUAUGAAAUCUCUGAGGAAUCAUCCUCACGUCGUUGGUCUCAUUGGUCAUUGUAUAGAGAAAGAUCCCGUGUUUAUCGUUUUGGAGUAUUUACCAUACGGGGAUUUGUUGGGAUACCUGCGUAAGAGCAGAGGAAUUGAAGACAAUUAUAACACAGGAGAAAAGGAACCAAGUUCAGCUCUUUCAGAAAAGGACCUCCUGUCUUUCGCGUGGAUGAUUGCUGAUGGUAUGGAUUAUUUGGCAUCAAUGAAGGUCGUCCAUCGGGAUUUAGCAGCUCGAAAUGUGUUAGUUGGAGAAAACAGAGUGUGCAAAAUUUCAGACUUCGGACUGGCACGUAGUUUGCAGGAAGAUAUCUACACGAGAAGGACUCAGGCCCGACUUCCAAUCAAAUGGAUGGCCCCGGAAUCCAUUUUCAAUGCUGAGUCGACAACAAAGAGUGAUGUAUGGUCAUACGGCAUUGUAAUGUGGGAACUGUUUACCCUCGGGGGAUCGCCAUAUCCUGGUGUUAGUGUCAAAGAACUCAUUUCAUUGUUGGAGGGUGCAUACCGCAUGCCAAAACCGAACCACGUCUCAGAGAAACUGUAUGCCAUAAUGAUGGAGUGUUGGAACGAACAGCCCCAAAAUAGACCAACAUUCAAGUGGAUUCGUUAUGCAGUCAAAAGACUUCAGGAUGACCAGCAGGUCUACGUGAACUUAGAAGGCUAUGACGACCAGGAAUACUUAAUUAUAAUCUAA